GCGCACUGACCGCCUUCCCACCGUUACGUAACGUCGCUCCGCCCCCUGCCAUUGUCAGAGAGGGAGGAGCGGAGUUGGCCCUGCCGUGACCAGACGGCCUGCCACAUCCAUGGUACCCGGCUCCAGACCCUGGAUGCGGCGUCUCGUCUCGUUCUGCCCGCCUCUCUGCUGCCUGCUCACCGAUGUUGGCGCGCUGGUUCCCGCCGCUGCUGCUGGUUCUGUCCGCGGAGGCCGACUUCUUCCAGCUGGACUCCAUCUCCAACACCACCACUUACUACUUCAACUACAUCUACUGUAACAUCUGGGAGGGCGAGUGCCAGCCCCAUCACGACGAUGCGACCCAGCAAGUUCCCACCAGGGACCUGUGGGCAGGUUUUCCUCAGGACUACGUGAGUCUGGCCCAGCAGUGGUACUGUAGCCUGGGUCAGUGCUGUGAAUCCGGAGACUGCAGGAUCACCAACAACAUCUCAGGUCUGGCGAAGGACCUUCAGACGAAGCUGCACGGCCAGCACCUGGUCCAGUCAGUGGUUCUGAAAGCCGUCCAGGGUUUCGUCAAAAACCCAGAGUCCAACAAACCCCUGACCCUCUCCUUUCACGGCUGGUCUGGCACUGGCAAAAACUUUGUGGCUCGGAUCAUCGCUGAUAACCUUUAUCGAGACGGGGUGAAGAGCGAGUGCGUUCGCCUGUUCAUCGCCCCGUUCCAUUUCCCACACGCUCGGCUGGUGGACACGUACAAGGGUCAGCUCCGAGAGGCGAUCCGGGACAUGGUGUUGCGAUGUCCUCAAACUCUGUUCAUUUUUGAUGAGGCUGAAAAACUGCACCCAGGACUCAUCGAUGCUAUCAAGCCCUACAUGGACCACUACGACACCGUGGAUGGGGUCAACUACCGCAGGGCUAUCUUCCUCUUCCUCAGCAACAUCGGAGGGGCGACAAUAAACGAUGUUGCGCUGGACUUUUGGCACUCUGGUCAGAACCGUGAGGAUAUUGGGAUGGAAGACCUGGAACAUCGCCUACGAGCCGAAACCAUGGAGACUCAAGGUGGGUUUGCACAGAGUGAGCUCAUGUCUGGUCACCUGAUCGACUUCUUCGUGCCCUUCCUGCCUCUCGAGUACCGUCAUGUCAAACUGUGUGCCCGCGACGCCUACGCGGCCCGGGGCCUGGAGACGGACGAGGCCACGCUGGACGAGGUGGCCAAGGCCAUGCUGUAUGUGCCCAAAGAGGAGAGACUGUUCUCAGCUCAGGGAUGCAAGUCCAUACCACAACGGAUCAACUUCUUCCUCCCGUAGAAGACACGGGGGGCGACGUGGAGGACAUGCCAGCUCAUGUGACACGUGGGCUCCAGUCUGCUCUGGCCCUCACUGAUCUCUCCUGGUCUGUCAGAGAAGACCAGGAGCCAAGGUGACCUGGCAGCCUGUGGGGAGAGGAGCGGAGCCUGAAGUGGUCAGCAUGCCUGCCGUCUGCCGCUACUCCCUUUGCCCGGUUACCAUCAUCAGUGUCUCAGUGUGAGAUGUCUAAUAUACAGUAUUUAUUUUGCAAAUCCCGAACCCCCACCCCAUCCUACCAAAGUGUAGGUUGCACUCUUUCUAUUGUGAGGUCUUUUUGUGUUGUACAUUCAUUGAAUUGUGGGGAUUAUUGAUUUGAACAGUUAUAUCUUACAGUAUUAAGUACUGUUACGCAUAAGAUACAGUAUAUUGAUGCCACUGGUGUCACUGCGAGACGAGUAGAGAAGAAACAGCGCUUUACAGUGUUGUAAGAGAAAUGAUGAUAUUUUUAAUUAUAAUGUUUUAUAUCAUGUUUAGCUGUGUCUAUACACACCAUUUCUAAUUGUUUUUUGUGUCAGUUUCAUCAUGAAGUGAAUAAUUCAGUCGGUCUUAUUACCCUCUUCAUUGCACUUCAGCUUCUGAUCUGCUGAGUUUGUGCCAACCUCACACCACUCAGGAUGUGUUUCAGUUUCAAAUAAACAUAUUCACAUGUAGAA